AUGCAUUCUCUUUCCCUUCUCCUUGCCUUCCUUGGACUCGUAUGUGCGAUCUCGGCAGAUUUCCUCAACACCACUCUUCCUUCUCCUGGGCCCAUCGAUAUUGCUCCGCCACUUGAUACCGGCGGCCAUGCUGGGUUCCCCGUCUACAACGCUAACAAUCAGCGUUGGCCUCGGCAACCAGAUCGAAGGUUCUUGAUUAACUGGUGCUUCAGAGACGCGCUCGCCGAGAACAACAUUUUCAGAGCAGUCGACAACGGUUGGGGGACUUGGACACGCAAGCUCGGUGCGGCGCAAGCAUCGAAUGGCCAUAACUUGCAUUUCGAACGCUUCAAACCAGUCGGAGGGCCUAACUACCCGUACUGCUACACCUCUCCGGGCGUAUGGGACCCACAGAUACCUCCCGAAACUGUGGUUGUGUAUUGGGUCGCGACUGAUCCCAUGAAUCGCGAGGGGUUCGCUUCGGUCGGCCAUACAGUUAGUAACGUUCCCGGCCGACAUCAUCUGAUGAUCUCGGGACACACGACAGACGACAACAGGGACUUCACUGUAGCACACGAACUUGGUCACAUUUUUGGCCUAAACCACGAGCAUGAGCGCUCCGACCGAGAUCAGUACAUCAUCUACAAUUGCAGAAACGUCGAAGGAUUCGCCGAAGCAUGGGGAAGAUGUCUAGCCGAGGAUCCCACUUGCACAGAAGACAUGCUCUGCAACGAUCGUGCUCUCGCAAUUCGACACGGUUUCAUCGGCUCCGAAUUCAUCACGUAUAAUAUCGCUCCAGACAUAGCCUCGCCAUACGAUUAUCAGUCAAUCAUGCAUUACGAUAGUCGUAGAGGUUCAAAUGAAGCCAUCGUGUCGGGGGAUCGUACAAACCCCACGUUGUACCCGAUGUUCAAAGUGGAUCCACAGACGAAUCAGGCCGCCUUCCUGCGUCUCGCCGGUGGCCUCAAGUACCCAGAGUUCGAGAUAUCUGACGGGGACGCCCAGAUGAUACGUGCUAUGUAUCCGUUCCAGUAA